AUGGACGAUAUAGCUUCUAAAUUAUCAGGAAUUAAACAUAUUAUACUCGUUUUAUCCGGAAAAGGUGGUGUGGGAAAAAGUUCAGUGACAACACAAUUGGCUUUAUGUUUGGUUCAAAAUGGUGGUCAUAAAGUUGGUAUUCUUGACAUUGAUCUUACAGGACCCAGUAUGCCACAUAUGUUAGGUUUAGAUGACAAACAGGUUCAUCAAGCUUCUAAUGGAUGGGUUCCUGUUUAUGCAGACGAAAAUCAAAAAUUAUGUUGCAUGUCAAUUGGAUUCUUAUUACAAAAUAAGAAUGAUUCGAUUGUUUGGCGUGGCCCAAAGAAAACUGCCAUGAUCAAACAAUUUUUGUCAGAUGUGACUUGGGGUAAUUUGGAUUAUCUUAUUAUUGAUACACCACCUGGAACCUCUGAUGAACAUAUAUCAAUUGUUGAAUAUUUAAAAGAUGUUAAUCCUGAUGGUGCAGUCAUAGUUACUACCCCGCAGAAUGUUUCAUUGUCUGAUGUUCGUAAAGAAUUGAAUUUUUGUAAAAAAGUAAAGCUUCCUAUAUUAGGUGUUAUUGAAAAUAUGAGUGGAUUUGUAUGUCCACAUUGUGAGGAAUGUACAAAUUUAUUUUCAACUGGUGGUGGUGAAUCUUUAGCUCAAGAAUUCAAUGUAGAAUUUUUGGGUCGAGUGCCUAUUGAUCCAAGUUUAACAUUAAUGGUUGAAAAUAGUUAUAAUGGUAAUAUUGAAAAUGGUUUGAUUAAAGAAUAUCCAAGUUCAAAUUUAUUUAAAGUUUUUAUUAAUAUUACUAAUAAAUUAGUUGAAAAAGUUACAAAUUAA